AUGGGUUCAUCAACUGAUACCUCCAUGGCCACCAACAUCCAUAAUCAAUCACCAGCUCCAUCUCUUUGUCAAGUAGUAGUAACUCCUUGUGCUGCCUGCAAAAUCCUUCGUCGACGAUGUGGUGAAAAAUGUAUACUAGCUCCUUAUUUUCCACCAACUGAACCCUUAAAGUUUACUACUGCUCAUAGGGUUUUUGGUGCUAGCAAUAUCACCAAAAUGCUACAGGAGCUUCCCGAGUCCCAAAGAGUUGAUGCAGUCAGUAGUAUGGUUUACGAAGCGAAUUGGAGAAUAAGAAAUCCAGUUUAUGGUUGUGCCGGAACAAUUUAUCAACUACAAAAACAAGUUGGUGAUCUUCAAGCUCUAUUAGCAAAAUGUCAAGCAGAGAUUAUUAGCAUGCAGUGUCAACAAGCUCACUUUGUGGGCCCACUUUGCAUGGAAAUGAAACAAUCGUCAUUAUCAUCUUUGCAACAAGAUAUUGAUGAUUUUAUGAGUAAUAAGAUUAGUACUCAAUCUUCAUCUCCAGAUAACAAUUUCGAUGGGUUAGGAUUCGGGGAAGCCAAUACGUGUUCCGAAUGGGAACCAUCCUUAUGGACACGAUUAAAUUGA